UGAAGGAUAGAGGCGAGAACUGUAUCUCAAAUGCUAUAUGUAUAUUUGUUGAAACUGAGAUACACAUAUAAUGAUAUACAUAAUUUCCUCGCUCUCAAAUCUUGCUCCUCUCUCUCAAAAUCACACAUACACAUAAAUACACAAAUAUAGUUUUUUUUUCUGAUACGUUAACAUGGCUAAUGAAUCAAUGAAAGUAAUAGAUUAGCGUUGGUCGCCAUUGAUGGCAUGAACGAGAUGCAGCAUUUACCCUUAAAAUCAAAGUUAUUCCGUUCACUUCACAGAUCACUAUCACUACCCACCAGCAAUAACCGAGCAGCAGAGCAGAACUGCAUAUCUCUCCUCCAACUCUGCGAUUCUCUUCCCAAACUACUUCAACUCCAAUCCCAUAUCUUCAAAUUUGGCCUACAAAGCAACCCACUUGUCCUCACAAAAUUCACCUCCAUUUCCUCUCAACUUAACGCCAUCACCCACGCUUCAUCAUUCAUCUUUUCCUCAUAUGUUGAAACCCAUUACUUUGAUACCUUUCUUUUCAACACCAUUAUCAGAAGUUACGCUGUAACGAAUGACUUUAAGCAUAAUGCUUUGUGUUUGUACUGUAAAAUGUUGAGUUAUGGUAUUUGGCCUAAUAAGUUCACCUACCCUUUUGUGCUUAAGGCUUGUGCUGGGAUUGGUGAGUUGAAAUUAGGCCAGACGGUUCAUGGGUCAGUGGUGAAACUUGGGUUUGAUGAGGAUUCUCAUGUUUUGAAUACUAUGGUUCAUAUGUACUGUUGUUGUGAUGAUGGGAUUGAGAAUGCGCGGAAGGUGUUUGAUGAAAUGCCUAACUGGGAUUCGGUAGGGUGGAGUGUGAUGAUAGGUGGUUAUGUGAGAUGGGGUUUGUCUAGUGAGGCUGUAGGGUUGUUUAGAGAAAUGCAGGUUGUUGGGGUAGAACCUGAUGAAGUUACAAUGGUUUGCUUGUUGUCUGCAUGUAUAGAUUUGGGUGCGCUAGAGCUAGGGAAGUGGCUCGAGGCAUAUAUCGAGAGGGAGAAUGUUCCAAAGAGUGUUGUUCUUUGGAAUGCUUUAAUUGACAUGUUUGCAAAAUGUGGUGAUGUUGAUAAAGCUCUGAGUUUGUUCAGGAGCAUGAAUCAGAAGAAUAUUGUUUCUUGGACUUCAGUUAUAGAUGGCAUGGCGAUGCAUGGCCGGGGAACUGAGGCUGUUUCGUUAUUUGAGGAGAUGAAGAAAAAUGGUGUUGUACCUGAUGAUGUUUCCUUUAUUGGGCUACUUACUGCUUGUAGCCAUUCGGCUUUAGUUGACCAAGGUAAGGGAUACUUUUAUUCAAUGACAAAGGAAUUUGGGAUUUCACCUAAGAUAGAACACUACGGAUGCAUGGUUGAUCUAUUAUGCAGAGCAGGACAUGUGCAAGAAGCAUUGGAUUUUGUUCAGAGAAUGCCCGUUAAGCCAAAUCCAGUAAUUUGGAGGACACUUAUUACUGCUUGCCGUGCUCAUGGUGAGCUGACGCUUGGUGAAAAAAUAACAAAAGAGCUGAUAAAACAUGAGCCUACGCAUGAUUCUAAUUAUGUACUACUUUCUAACAUUUAUGCAAAAAUGUUUUCUUGGGAGAAGAAGACCAUGAUUAGGGAAGUUAUGGCGAAGAAGGGAAUGAGGAAGGUUCCAGGGAGCACUAUGAUUGAGCUAUACAACGAAAUCUAUGAAUUUGUGUCGGGAGAUAAAAGUCAUAGUGAGUACAAAAUUAUUCAUCAGAUGGUGGAUGAUAUUGGAAAGGAGAUUAGAAGAGCCGGAUUUGUUGCUUCAACAUCAGAAGUGCUACUUGAUAUCGAUGAAGAAGAUAAAGAGGGUGCUGUAAAUAGGCAUAGUGAAAAGCUUGCUAUCGCAUUUGCCCUUAUAAAGACACCUCCUGGUACUCUUAUCCGAAUUGUGAAAAACUUGCGAGUCUGUGAAGAUUGCCACUCUGCAACUAAAUUCAUCUCGAAGACUUACAAGCGAGAAAUAUUGGUCAGGGACAGGAACCGAUUUCACCGUUUCAUAGAUGGUGUUUGCUCAUGCAAAGACUUCUGGUAGUUUAAUGUGCAUGACGUUGUAAUCAAUAUCAGUCAUCUCAAGGCAGGAGUUUCUUUUCAUUAGCAUUGAUAGCUGAGCGGCUUAUCCAAUGUGCAUGAUCUUAUUGCAUAAAUGAGGGAACUUAUAGUAUGAUGCUACAAAAGAAGUUAUAUUUUUGGACGGUUUAAAUCCAGACCCCGUGGGACAUCAUUUUGGUUGUUGUAGGCUGUGCUUCACCUCUGAGUGUCUGUUGUAUCUUUGUCUCUCUGUGGAGGCAUUGUUUCGGUGGAGAUGUUGUUAUUCACGGCAUGCUUGGCUUCCUUAAACAUCGUCAUGAAGGCAGGUAUACUCAAUUGAUUGUCUUUGACUUGCUGAUGACAUUAAUCCUGAACAAAGAUGAUGGAUGCAUGAGGCUUCUACAAUUGACAAAACAAAACUAGUGCUCAUAAUAAUAGUUGGAGAAUAUGUGUAAAGAUGUUUUGAGAAGGGAAGCCUUGGAGCAACUGUAGGAGUUGUUACCAUGUGACCACGAUGUCAUGAGUUCAAGUCAUGAAAACAAUCUCUUGUAGAAAUAUAAGUUUACAUAUAAUGGAUCAAAUAUGGUUGUGCCCUUCAUCGGAGACUGCACAUAGCAAGAGCUUUGUGCAAGUGGGCGAAUUUUCCAUCUCCAAGGAAAACUCUGGUGAGAUUUAUGUUGUAUUUGUAAAUGCCUUUGAUUCGUAAAAUCUCAUCUUCUCUUUGAAAUUAAAAGAAGGAUGCAGAGACAUAUUUUGCUUUUUAAAAAAAAACAUAUUGUUCGUUACUGAUUAUUCACUCUGCCAACAAGAAGGAGUUGCUCGAAUGAUAAGCAAUAUUCCUCAACUCCAAUCCUAAAUUUAUGUGUUC